UCGCUAUUCAUAAGAUGGGCAUAUAAAAGUUUACAAUUUCUACUGGAUUAGUAGAAAUAAUGGCUGCAUUAAUGAAGAAACGAGUACUGGCGGAAUUCAGCCAAAGUCAGGUAUUGAACGAACCACCAGUGAAAAAAAUUCGUACACUUCGUCGCUCUACAUCGGUGAGCAAUAAGAACAGUGGUGCAAGUGGUGAUAGUAGUUCUGCGUUAGCUUACAUAGAACUACUUGAUAAAUGCAAAGCUGGGAAUGAUGCAUUACAGCUGCUUUUGCGAAUAUCUGAUUCUCUCGCACAAGUGCAAUCAGAAGAUGUUUCAUUGGCGGCAAAGCGACUUGCCGAACGGUUUGCUAAUGAACCGGAAGCAGCCGUCCGUGCAAAGAUUCUUUGGGUGCUAGCAGAGUUAGGGGGAGUUGCUGAAGACCCAGUAGACAAAGCUGACAUCGUGGAAGAAACAGCAAAUUUAUUAAAAAACGAAGAGUCUCACAGAGUCAAAAGUCAAGGCUUGGCUACUUUGUUAAAAUUGGGGAGUUUUCACAGAAGUGUGGCACUACAAGCAGCUCGCGAUCACUUACCAGACACAUGGCAUGGCGUACAGACACGGUGCUUAUCUAUAAUUGGACGAUUUCUGACUGCUAAUACUUCAGAUGAGAUGUUGAAAUUUGUUGGAAACUAUGCUCAUUCGCAAGAUCCGCGAGUUAGGGCCCAAGCAUUCGAGACUAUGGCAGAAUUACAUUCGCGAAGGGGAUGUCGUUUACCAGCUAGUCUAUUUUCAGGAACAUGCGACGCCCUUCGUGACGAUUAUGAGAUUGUACGCCGAGCUGUAUUGAAACUAAUAUGGCUGUUAGGUGUAGAAUAUCCUGAUAACAUCAUGGUAGGAGAUGGCGAAGAAUUGCGGAUGAUAGAUUGUGCAUUCUCAAAAAUCUGUGGUCUGAUGGGUGACCUGUCACCUCGAGUUAGAGCUGCAGCAAUGUCUUUAUUGGGAAUGAUGAAAGGUGUUUCACGCAGAUUUGUGGAGCAAGCAUUGGAUAAAAAGCAAAAGAGAGGCGGGGACGAAGGGCCAGAAGUUGAAGAAAGGAGCGGUUCUUGUGGAGCAUUUAUUCAUGGACUGGAAGAUGAAUUUUUGGAAGUACGUACAGCUGCUGUUGAAGCCUUGUGCUCUCUGUCUCUCGAGCAACCCAACAUCGCGCGCACUUCACUUGAUUUUAUGGUGGACAUGUUCAAUGAUGAAAUUCAGGAUGUGCGAUUGAGAGCAAUCGAAUCAUUGCGUAAAAUGUCUGCCAGUGUCACUCUUAGGGAAGAUCAGUUGGAAACUAUACUUGGAGCUUUGGAAGAUUUUUCCGGGGAAGUAAGAGAGGGGCUUCAUGCCACUUUGGCUACAAGUAGAUUGGCCACUCGCAACUGUCUUCAUAUGUGUGUAAAUAGAUUAUUGGAUAAUCUGGCCCGAUAUCCACAAGACAAAGAAAGUAUUCGAGCUUGUUUAGCAUCUCUCGGAGCUUCUCAUCCAUACCUUACUCUCCCCCUUGUGCCUCAGCUGCUCGGUCGGCAUCCAUUCUUCGAUACACCUGAACCUGAUGUCGAUGAACCUUCUUAUGCCAGUGUAUUGGUGCUGAUAUUCAAUGCAGCGUUACACUGUCCAAGUAUGCCGGCACUCUUCACAGAGCAUGCUGCAAAGCAUUACCAUUACCUCAGAGACACUAUGCCUCAUCUCGUACCUCGGUUAAGACCUAAUCCUACACCAUUUCCCAGUCUUGGAAAAGAUAACAUUGAGGAUGAUGAAUCCAGAGAUCGAAGAGGUCGGGAGUUUUUGGAAAGAAUGGUCGUUGGAGUGGAAAGAGCGAGGCCAUACGGUAGAGUUCACACGCAAUUGUUGGAAGUAGCAGGUGUUGAAUUAGAUCGAUUGGCAGAGAUGGAUUCUGGAAUGGAAGGAGCAGCGCGAUUCACUGCUCUUUACAUACGGUGCCUUCUUCUACUUAGGUCGAUUAUUCAAGAGCUUUCAUCUCCUCCAACAAGUUCGUCGCCAACUAUUUCUGGGUCAAGCGCAACCAACAAUGUUGCUGUGUUACUACAGCAUGCCCAAAAGCUGCAAAGAUUGUUCACAGGCUUGGGUGCAGAAGAAAUUUCUUUGGCCAAUGAUAUGCAUUUGAAAGCACUGGCAGUAGAAUUGAUACGUGUGACACGUGGUGCAACCGGAAGUGCGUUACCACUGGCUCGUCACUUCCUUUCACAGGCUGAUGCUCUUCCACCUGAUUCUAGAAAAUUACCACCAUUCUCUAGGGCUUUGGUUCUUCAAUUACCUUCUCUUGGAGAGGCGAAACCUGGAACUUUAACUCGCCUCUUGAUACCCCUGUUGCUAACACCUCCUGCACAAGGAGAGGAAAGGUUACCGAGACCAUCUACAAUGACUCGUGUUUGCCGUGCUAUUAUCGAAGAGCCGAGAGGAGAUGCAGAUGCUGCCUUGAAAUUUACGGGUGGUUUGCUAUUAGGCAUUCCUUUGUCAGCAAAGAUUCUAAAUCUUCGAGAUCCGGGAAUGUUACGUAUUAAACUACGCCACCCUGAUCAACAGAUACAAUUACUACUACCACGACAAUCUGACUUACGUUCUCAAACCACUAAUCAAAGUGACUACAGGCUUAGGACUACUGUACUACUUUCGCAUCAAGUUUGGAUGGAAGCUUGUAACGUGGAGGUUUCAUUAUCGCUUCUUGUUCCUUCAUCGCCUAUUUGCACGCAUCCUCCACUUGACGAUCCAUGUGUCAUUGACUUGUGCAAACCUGUCAAGGUUUCUGUCUCUCCCAAGCCAAUCAAAAGAGGUAUCUGAAUGAAUACGAUAUUUUGGACAGUCAAUAAACAUAUAUGCUUUGCACA